AUGGAGCAAACGUACUGGGGCUGUCCAUUUAAUAUGCCAAUGUCAUAUCCAUCACGGGGAUUUAAUCAGUGGAGGCCAGGCUUCCCAGAAAAUGCACAUCUCCUCCAUCAUGGUUGGCAACCUGCAGGGCAGCUGUUUGGGCAGCAAGUACACAGGAAAAGGAGCUUGUUACAACAAGAAGGCACUGGACGGUUUUCAGAUCAAGGUUACCGGCCAAGAGACGCAAUAUUUGUUCAUGGUGGAGAAGAAAUCUCAGUUAGUGAAGCUUUUUGUUCAGACAGAGAUAGUGUAUUUAGAAAUUCGGAGGUGAGCAAUCCUAUUAUGGGUGCCAGGAGGGUGUCGUCUAGGUAUGAUGCUGGUCAUGGAGUAUAUGGUGUUGGACGACUGCCCAGACACAAUGUUGAUGGGCUGAUCCAAAUUGGUGGACAGCAGUUUAAGUGGGCGCCAAUCAAGUCCAGAGAUUGCAAUCAACCUGUGACAUGUUCAGAUGCGCUAGGUGCUGUUCAUGGUAUGAAAACUGACGACAUCUUGAUUGAUAAACCUGAACUGGCUGCAGGUUCAGGAGACUCUGGGAAUGAUGCAAGGCAGCAGCAACAAGGCCCUGAUGCAUUUCAGAAAAAAUAUAUUGUAGUAGAAAACGAUGGCUUGCUUGCUGAUUCAGAUUGUGAUUCACUGAACAAUUCAGAGAAGCCAGUUGCUAUUACUAGUACUAGCCAGGAGCCUGAAUCGUCCAGUAUUCCUGCCAAUUCAGUCAUGAGAAGCAGCAGCAAGGUAGUUGUGCCUGGUGGGAUGUCUGACCAAUGGAGAAAGUUUUCGGCCAACUACAAUUUGUUUAGGCCAAAAACAACAGCACUUAUCUACCGACCAAGGUUCUUGGGGGGCAGCAGAAUUAGGUCGGUUGCAUCAGGAACCAAACCGAAACCACAGUGGUACCCAGCGGGUCUCACGCAUACACAAAAGCAACGGGUACAACGACUUUGA